GUUCAAAAUAAAAUAAAAAAUUUUAAAUAUAUUAGUAUUGGUAUCUUCGCGAGUAUUGUGGUUUACAGUACUUCAAGAGUUACAGUGUUAGCAGCUGAAAAUGACUUGGAUAUUAAAAAAUUUAUGGCACAACCAAUUACUGAUAUUAAGGAAUUAAAGAAGAAAAAUGAUAUGAGAAAGAAAAUGGAAUUAUUAGUAAUGAAAACUCAAGCAGAUUUUUGUAAAGCUUUAGAGUCUUUAGAAGAUUCAGAUUAUCAUUUUAAAGUUGAUAGAUGGACUAGAAAGGAGGGGGGUGGAGGAAUUACUUGUGUUUUACAAGAUGGAGUUGUUUUUGAAAAAGCUGGUGUAAAUGUAUCUGUUGUUACUGGUACAUUGCCUCCAGGUGCAGUACAGCAAAUGAGAGCACGUGGAAAAAAAAUGCAAGAAGGAUCUGUACCAUUCUUUGCAGCUGGUGUAAGUGCUGUAAUUCAUCCACGUAAUCCCAUGAUUCCAACAAUACAUUUCAAUUAUCGUUACUUUGAAGUAGAAAAUCAAGAUGGUUCAAUUCAGUGGUGGUUUGGAGGUGGUACUGAUCUCACACCUUACUAUUUAAAUGAAGAUGAUGUAAAACAUUUUCAUAAUAGUUUAAAAGUUGCAUGUGAUGAACAUGAUCCUUCGUAUUACCCAAAAUAUAAAAAAUGGUGUGAUGAUUAUUUUUUUAUAGCACAUAGAGGAGAACGAAGAGGAGUAGGUGGUAUUUUUUUUGAUGAUAUUGACAGUCCAAACCAAGAAGAAGCGUUUGAAUUUGUAAAAUCAUGUGCAAAAGCUAUAAUUCCUUCUUACAUUCCAUUAGUUGAAAAACACAAAAAUGAUGCAUAUGGAUAUGCUGAAAGGCAGUGGCAGCUAUUACGUAGAGGAAGAUAUGUUGAAUUUAACUUAAUAUACGAUCGUGGCACAAAGUUUGGUUUAUAUACACCUGGUGCAAGAUAUGAAAGUAUAUUAAUGUCUUUGCCCUUAUCUGCAAAAUGGGAAUAUAUGCAUACACCAAAACCAGAUUCAAAAGAAGCAAAACUUAUUGAAGUAUUAAGAAAUCCUAAAGAUUGGCUAAACUAG